UUAAAGAUGCAAGAUACCGCCUUAACCUGAGACGUGAUCCAGGACAGAACCCUUGUUGGAGAGCGCAGAGCAGCUUCUUCAGCCGCUUCUUCUUUUUCAGGUUAAACAAUGGCAAAUCCAGGAAUCCAACUGCUCGGCUUCGGUUUGGCCUUCAUCGGCUUUAUCGGCACGAUUGCGUGUACAGUCAUGGUGGAGUGGAAGGCUUCAUCAUACUCAGGAGACAACAUCAUCACGGCGCAGGCCAUGUACGAGGGGCUGUGGAAGACCUGUGUGUCACAGAGCACAGGACAGAUUCAAUGCAAAGUCUAUGACUCCAUCUUGCAGCUGCCAGCGAUGGUUCAGGGCACGCGGGGUUUGAUGGUGGCCUCCAUCCUGCUGUGUUUCAUCGCCAUGAUGGUGGCUAUGACUGGGAUGCAGUGCACUACCUGCAUGUCUGACUCACCCGAAACCAAAGACAAAGUGGCUCUGGCUGGAGGAGUGGUCUUCAUCAUUGCAGGCCUUCUGGCUCUUGUAGGAACAUCCUGGUAUGGACACAGAAUCGCUCAAGACUUUAACAACCCCUUCACUCCCACCAACUCCAGGUAUGAGUUUGGGAGCGCCUUGUACCUUGGAUGGGCAGCAGCUGCGCUGAUCAUCAUAGGAGGGAGUUUCUUGACUUGCAGCUCUUCCGAAAAGCGCAAAUAGUAUAGUAAAAAGAUCCCAGUUCAAAUCCCAGCUGGGGUUCUUUCUGUGAGGAGUUGGCAUGUUCCCCUUGUUCUCUCCAGGCACUUCGGUUUCCUCCCACAGUCCCAAAACAUGCUCAAGAACCUCAACUCGCCUGUUUUCCAGCUAUCCCAGGACUGUUUGAUGCCGACUACCUACACCAGGUGUGUUCAGUCUACCAAGAUCUGGAAUCCCUCGAGUCAGCCAAUCAGCAGCAAGCUGGUCAGGGACAGCUGGAAAACAAGACUGCAAAAAUGUCAGAUGUGAUGUCAUUGCAAUGUCUGAACGUUGGACUCAAAAAAAAAAUCCUGAAGAAAUCAAUAUUGGAUGAGCAACACAUCUUCAUAAGACUGAGAGACUUCCAAAACUAAAAACAGAUGAGGAGAACUUUUUUACUCUGGACUUCAUUUAGAAGUCAAGGUCAGACCAGUAUGUGAAUUCUGAGUGUGCAUGUGUGCGUGCACCUGCUUGUCUCCUCCGUGCUGCUGUGUCUAUGUCAUAGUCUGUGGCAUUUAGCUUGAUGUUUCUUUUCUGAGCCACACUGAAUUGUUAACCAUUUGACAAACAUUUGUAAAUCUGAUUAUGAAAGAGUCAGUGCCUAUAACCAACAUUUAAUAUUAAUGAGAACUGGACUGACUGAUCCCUCCCCCUUGGCAUUCCAAACAGGAAGUACUAUUACUUAAUUACUCUAUUGCAUCUAUUACUCUAUUGCAUCUGUUACCACGACAUUUAAUUGGUUAGAAUAACCAUUCUUGCUCUGGAACCUUUUUUUUAACAUCUUGAUAAUCCAGAUUUU